AGGGAAUUGGUAAAUCACACAUCUAAAAAGAUUAAAUAUGAGUCGUAUAGGCUGUGACCUAGAAGAGCUAACAUCAAAUGCGAAGCAAAUACAAGACGAUGUAUUGACAAAGAUACUCAAAGCUAACGCAAACACAGAGUACCUCAGACGUUUUCUCCAGGGGAGCACCGACAAAGAGCUGUUUAAGAAGAACGUACCGGUGGUGAGCUAUGAAGAUGUUAAGCCUUAUAUCGAUCGUGUUGCAAAUGGAGAACCCUCUGAUAUCAUUUCUGGGAACCACAUCACUGCGUUUUUCCGAAGCUCUGGAACUUCAGGUGGGAAUCAAAAGAUAUUUCCAGCGACCAGCAUCUUAUCUGAGAAUAUUCAAAUCCUCUUUACAAUAACCUCGGCCAUUAUGUACAAGUGUUUCGAUGGUUUUAAGCAAGGAAAGGUGAUAAGGUUUACCUUCACUCAUCCGAUAUCCACAACUCCUUGUGGUUUGCCUCUUGCUCCUUUGAUAACAAGCUUCACAAAGAGUGCCUGCUACAAGAGCCUGGCAAAAAAUAGUCCAAGCCCCGACCAGGUCAUACUGUGUCCGGACACCAAACAGAGUAUGUACUGUCAACUUCUCUGUGGUCUUGUUCAGAGAGAUGAGGUUGUAAGCGUUGGUGCUAUGUUCGCUUCUGUCUUGGUUCAAGUUAUCCAUUUUCUUGAAAUUUACUGGAAAGAGUUGGCCAGUAACAUCAGAUGUGGCCAUGUCAGCGAGUGGAUCACCGACCUUAGUUGUCGAGACUCCGUCUCUACAAUCCUUGUUGAGCCAAAUCCUAAACUGGCAGAUCUAAUCGAAAACGAAUGCGGACAAAAAUCUUGGCAAGGUAUAGUUUCACGACUUUGGCCUAAAGCCAAAUGCAUUGAAGCUAUUGUUACAGGAACUAUGGCUCAAUAUAUCCCAGCAUUGGAGUUCUACUCUAAUAAUGAACUGCCUCUAGUCUCUAAAGUUUAUGCAUCUUCUGAAGCAUUUUUCGGUGUAAAUUUGGAACCUCUAAGCAAACCACAACAUGUGUCCUACACAUUUCUACCAAACAUGUCAUACUUCGAGUUCAUAGAUGUUAAUGUCGAUGGAGGAACCACGGGCGAGAUUGUUGAUCUUGUGAAUCUGAAGUUAGGUCGCUACUAUGAGAUAUUGGUCACAAACUUUUCCGGUUUACACAGAUGUAGAGUGGGGGAUGUUUUACAGGUCACUGGGUUUUACAAUAUGGCACCUCAGCUCAGAUUCGUACGUAGAAAAGAUACGGUUCUAAGCGUCUAUGUAGAGUCAACGACCGAAGAAGAUCUAUUAAAGGCGUUGGCUCGUGCCACUGUCGUUCUUGAAUCUUCGGAUUUAAUGUACACGGGUUUCACAUCCUAUGCAGAUGUGUCCACUGUACCGGGUCACUACGUUGUUUAUAUGGAACUCAGAGCAAAAGUCGACUAUAAUAGCAGCACUGAUGUUCUUUUACAACUUGAUAACAAGGUAUUGGUGGAAUGUUGCUGCGCCAUGGAGCAAUCAUUUAAUGGUGCUUAUAGGCUCUUCAGAAGCAAAGAUGAACAUAUUGGAGCACUAGAGCUUAGAGUGGUGCAACAAGGAACGUUUGAUUCUCUAAUGAAGUUUUUUCUCUCCCGAGGUGCUUCCUUAGCUCAGUACAAGACACCUAUGUGCAUAAACUCUGUUGAGGCUCUAAAGACACUCGAAGACAAGGUUCUUGCUCGCUUCUUCAGCGACAAAUCUCCUCCUGUCUGAUCACCUACUUUGAAGAAUAAUGAAGCAGCAAGUGUGGUUUAUGUGCGGAUAAUUGUUUGGUUUUGCUUUGUUUUGAGAGUUGCAUUUUUUUUUUAAAUCUAUGCUUGGAGCAUUACAUAUUCUCAACUUUUUUUAAAUAAUAAUUUAAUGUGUUAUCAUUCAUAAUAAAUAAAACCGUUCAAUUCUUUAUAUAUUCGUGAUUAUGGGAUG